AUGAAGGUAAAGAAAUGUCACUUCUCAGCUAGUAAGAAAGAUGUUUGGAAUCUUUACUACUUCUGCAAUGCCAAAAAAGGUAUAGUGACUAAAGCAUUGAAGAUUCUUUUGUCUAAAGUGUUUCAAGAGUUUCAUGGUUUGGUAAGGUUAGAGGCUUAUACUCUUUUGGAUAAUAAGGCUUCUCAAAGAGUGUUGGAAAAAGUUGGGUUCCAAAGAGAAGGAUUGCUUAGAAUUUUUUUUUACCUUAAAGGUCAAGAAAGGCGUUCAACCAUCCUCAGCACUAAAACUCCUGAAACACCUACUAUGGCUAUGAAUUUUAAACCUUACCAUAAUUCUGAGGGAGCUCAUGGUAAUGGUAACACCUGCUUCAUCAAACACGACUACCUUCCUGGUUAUCAUUACAAGAUUCAGAAGCCUUCGAUUAACAAUAUUGCGGCUUCUCAACCCUCUGAAGAUUCCAUGGAGUCUGCUCAAGAAUCUCAAACCUCUCUUGCUACCAUUUAA